AUGGCCAAGUCAAAGGUUGCACCAUUGGAAGAUCUCAGCCGCAGGAAGAAGAAACAAUCCACACCUCGCCUGGAAUUGUCGGCUGCGUUACUGUUGGCUCAUCUGUACGAGAACGUCAAAGGCAGUCUGGAGAUUUCAGCGCCUGCUUUCUUUUGGACGGAUUCAACGAUCGUCAAGUAUUGGAUCUCGUCACACCCAUCGAGGUGGCAAGUCUUCGUGAGCAAUCGUGUGUCGGAGAUUCAGCAUGCCACGAAAGGUGGCGUCUGGAAUCACGUUCCGGGGAUUGAAAAUCCGGCCGAUAUCAUAUCGCGAGGAGCCACACCAGCGCAGCUAGUGAGUAAUGCCCUAUGGUGGCAUGGACCGGAUUGGCUUAGAAAGGAUGUUAGCAACUGGCCUAAAAACAUACUGGUCCCCGAGCAGCAGUUCGACUCGGUAACUCUGGAGGAGAGGCCACUUGUGUCCGCAGCUCUUCAAGCUCUUCCUCCAAGUGAUGUAUUUACACUUCGUUCUUCUUUGUUGAACCUUGUUCGACUGACCGCCUGGAUACGUCGAUUUUCUACAAAUUGUCAACAAGGAAACAGCCAACAACGGAGGACUGGAUCACUGAGUGCUGAGGAACACAACUUGGCGCUGCUAGCGUUGGUGAAGCUAGCCCAAUCGGAAUGCUUUCCACUAGAAUUGGCGGAUAUUGUAGCUAAAAAUGAAGUAAGACCAACUUCAAAACUACACAAUCUUCACCCUGUUAUGAUCGAUGGAAUAAUCUGUGUUGGUGGCCGGCUCGGAAAUGCUCCGAUCUCACCAGGUCGCAGACAUCCAAUGAUCUUGGAUAGCCAUCAUCCGUUAACUAAACUAAUUCUGAUUGAUUAUCAUCAUCGACUACUUCAUGGAGGACCUCUAUUGAUGAUAGCGUGCGUUCGUGAAAGAUUUUGGCCGCUGAGCGUCCGGAAUCUCGCCAGGAGGGUCCUACACGAGUGCAUUAGGUGCUUCAGAGCAAGGCCACGCGUGCAUGAGCAGUUGAUGGGAGACCUUCCGCUCGAACGAGUGUCACCAGCGCCUGCAUUCCAGCGAGUUGGCAUAGAUUAUUGCGGUCCGUUCGAGCUUCAACCGGCAACUCGGAAAGGGGCACCGGUCAAGUGCUACCUUUGUCUAUUCGUAUGUUUAGCCUGCAAGGCCGUGCAUAUAGAGGUCGUUAUGGAUCUCACCAGCGAUGCUUUCAUAGCCGCACUCAGAAGGUUCACCGCAAGACGUGGGAGGCCAGUCCUUAUACUUUGCGACAACGCUACCAACUUUGUUGGAGCACGAAGACAAUUGUACGAGAUACACAACAUUUUUCGGCAAGAUCAGUUCCAGGAUCGAGUUUCAACGGAAGCGGCUCAAGACUCAAUUGAGUUUAAGUUCAUUCCCGCCAGAUCUCCCAAUUUCGGCGGCUUGUGGGAAGCCGCAGUGAAGUCAGUGAAAGGACAUAUGCGGAGAGUAAUCGGAAACAGAAUGCUGAAGUGUGAUGAAAUGCAAACGGUUGUCGCACAGAUUGAAGCUUGCCUUAAUUCGAGGCCGUUAACUCCAAUGAGCAACGAUCCCACGGAUUUGGAGGUUUUAACGCCGGGGCACUUCCUCAUCCAGCGACCGCUCACUGCAGUGCCUGAACCAAAUCUCAGCGAGCUGCCAGAGAAUAGGCUCAGCAGAUGGCAGCGGGUUCAGCAAUACAGUCAGGUGAUCUGGAGACGUUGGUCGACGGAUUAUUUAUCAAGUCUACAGAGUCGUAAUAGAUGGACGAGAAGCAGGGACAACCUCACUGUUGGUACAAUGGUACUGUUAAAAGAAGACAACGUUCCACCGCUGAAAUGGAGGUUGGGACGAGUCACGGAGGUUCAUCCAGGUGCUGACGGGAAUGUAAGGGUAGUCACGGUCCGUACAAAAGAUGGGUCAUAUCGCAAAGAAGUGUCGAAGAUUUGUAUUCUUCCUAUUCGAGAUGGCCAACCGGCCGCAGAAGGACAGUAG